ACGAGAUUUUGCAGGGACAUGAAUUCAGCCACGAGAGGACUUGGAUAAAUCUUGCCCAUUUGCUCAUUAACACAGGGGUUUGCCGACUGACUGUUCUGCGCGUUUGUACGGCUGCUGCCUCAGCCUGGCGCUCGCCAAGGAUAGCCGCUGUGAAUAUGUAGCCGCAGAUCCUCGAAUACCGGGGGAAGAACAACUAAGAUGAAGAAGAAUUGAUCAAGACUGGAUCAAUCAUGCCUAAAAUGAAACGCACCCCAUCCUCACAGAAGAAUAUUGUACGUGCUUACAAAGCUGCUAAGGAGGGCAAGAUGUCGAUACGGGAAGCCGCAAUGAAGUACAACAUUCCAAAGUCUACCCUCAUUGAUAAGGUCAAAGGUAAAACUCCUCUGGAAUGCAAGAAAGGACCCAAAGCUGUCCUUUCAGCAAAAGAAGAGAAGAGUCUUGUAGACUGGGGAGUCAAGAUGGCUGGAAUUGGGUACAACUGCAUAAGGCAACAGACCAUGUACACCGUCAAGACUAUCAUGGACAAGGAUGAAAAAGAAGGAAGAGGGAGGAGGAAACGUUUUGGGGACAACAAUCUCCCGGGAAAAGAUUGGUGGUUGCGCUUUUGCGAGCGGCACUUGAAGCUGAAGAAAGCCACAGCUCGGGUCACAGAGAGAACCAAGAAACUAGCAAAGUCUGAUGCGGCUCUGUGCAAGUGGCAGGCUGGUCUGAAGAGGUUACUCCAAAAGAAAGGAAUCAAGGAUGGCUCUUGUGUCUUUACUUGCACUUCAAGUCGCUUUCUUGUUGAUGGACAUAGGGGUAUGGUUAAAUUCUGCAAUACCAAGAAAACCAAGGAAGGGGAAAAGUAUCUCACUGUCCUGACAGCUGCUUCCGCUAAUGGGAAAUUUGUUCCUCCUAUGAUCAUUUACCCAGGAGACCAUGUUGAUAUUGAUCUCCUUGAGGAUGAGGCGGUUGAAGGGACCUUCUUCACCAAAAGCCAAAAUGGAGAUAUGAAUGUUGAGCUAUUCUUUAGUUGGAUUGGAAAUCACUUUCUAGACUUCACACCCACUAGGAAACCUAUCCUGCUUCUUAUUUCAGGAAACUGGCCAUAUGUUGAUAUGUAUGUCUCAAGACUGUGUAAAGACAAACAGAUCAUCUUGUACUGCAUGCCACCACAUACAAAUCUCUUUCAGGAACCGCUGAGGUGGAGCUUUGCGAAGCAACUGCCUCAUGAAUGGAAAAGGGAGUCCAUGAACUUUGAAAUUCUGAAUCCUGGCAUGAAAGUGGACAGAUAUGCAUUCCCUGCUGUCUUUAGCAAUGUCUGGACUCAUCAAGCCUCGGGGAGCAAUGUCAUGGCAGCGUUUGAGAGAAGUAGAAUCUGGCCAGCAGAUUCCAAAGGCAGGCAAAAACCAGCAGUCCAAGACCAUGCAAGUGUGCAGUGCUUUGAUGAAGACGGCAAUGCAAUAGAAGUUGCCAUGUACGAGGAAGUCACAAGUGAAAGUCCAGCUCAUGAUGUAGAAGAACAAAGUGUAGGAGUCCUGACAACAAAAACUGUCAGUUCAAGAAAUGUCAAGUUUUGGGAACCAAACUGCCUCCAACAAUUUGAGGAAGCUCAAGACUUGACUGAAAGCCGGAAACAACUUUUUGAAGCCCGUUUUCUUUUGAAUAUGGAGAUAGAGAAUGAUCUUGUCUACAAUGCGUGGAAAGCACUCAAGUGCUUGAUGGAAAUGAAACAGGAAACAUCCGAUGACGGCGACGAUGAUGAUGAUGAUGAAUCCGACACUGAUGAUGAUGAUAGUCUCCUGGAUUGGCUUUCUGAUGAGUCUGAUGAAGACAUCCAAGAAGACAAUGAAAAAGAGAACAUCAAAGAGGAUAAAGAUGAAUCUCCUGAUGAUGCAGAAAGUAAACCUGAUGCUGAGGAUGAUGAUGAGAAGGAAAAUGAGGAAAACGAAAAUGACCCUGAACUCGAUGUUGAUGAAGAUGGGCUUCCAAGUUCAGUAUCAAGUAGUUCUGAAGACUUUAUCUCAUCAGCAUCUAGAUGCUCUCCCUCAAGGACAGCCAUGUCUCCUCUGAAAAUCACUAGGUACAUCCAUCCAGAGGAGGAUAGCAACAGAAGAAGAAGUGUGAACAGUGUUACUACACCUAAUAAAAAAGGUGAAUAAAUAAGAGAAGAGAUGAUCAUUUCUCGUGCCCUAAGUCUGUCCAAGACAGACAGAAAAUUGGUCUGCUGCAUCAAACUAUCUUGACUUGUUUACUUGAUGCCUUUCCUUACUUUCCUCCUACAGUGUAUACACAUGUUUGCUUACUAAUUAUAAGCCUAUCU